GUUUGUAAAUGUCAGGGGAAGGCCAGCCGGUGACGUGUGCCCAUGGAGAGGCCAAUGCUUGGUGGCUGUGGUGUGUGCUCCAGGCAGGACAGCCCCAGGGUUGUCCCUGGAACACCAGGCAGUCUGUACCUUGGCCCAUCACGGUGCCGGGGUUAUCCUGGAAGAUGGGGAGUGUGGGCCAUUAUUUUGUGCCCCUUCCCCGUACUCCACCUCCUGUGGAAUCCCUUGCCCCAAGCCAUGUGGGCAGACAGCUGGCUCCAAGUCAGCCCCUGGACACCAGGCUGGAGUGGGAACUCCUGGAGCCAUUUCAGCAUGGCUGGCACCCCAGGCUGGGUGAGGACAGACGAUGGUGCCAGGCUGUGGUCUAGGGGCUUGUCCAAAUGCCUCAUCUUGACACAGAAGAUGGCCCUCCCCACAUGAGCGUCACGUGGAAGCCACAAGCACCUCAGGUCUCAGAACAUGCUGUGCCCUCCUGGUCAGUGAGUCCUGGCACUGCCCCAACCCUCUGCCAGCCCUCCUUGACCCUAAUUCAGGGGCGCUGCAUCUCCUGAGGGUGGCCACUGUCCCCUGCCUCCCCACACGCCCCCGUCUGUCUCCUGAGGAACCUGGCGGGCUUCAAACACUGGGUCUGCCUGCGUCUCCCACCCCCGCUGGUGCAGCCAGGGAGACUCAGAGGCCUUGGUACCUCUUUGUGUUUUGCAGGAGGAACCUGGGGUAUGCAAAAUGUGUCUAUUCCUGUUUGUUGUAUACACAUUUCCUUCCUUGGCCUUGCAUGGCCUGUUUAUUUUAAAAAGUGCAAACCUGCAACCCCAAACAAGCUGGGGCCCUGAGGCCGUCAACCCCUCCAGUCUCCCCUGUGACCCGCAGUCUGCGUCCUGUUCCCAGUUUCAUUCCUCAAGUGCAUAUAUUUUUAUUUAUUUAUUUUUUUUUUGAGACGGAGUCUCGCUCUGUCGCCCUGGUUGGAGUGCAGUCGCGCGAUCUCAGCUCACUGCAAGCUCUGCCUCCUGGGUUCACGCCAUUCUCCUGCCUCAGCCUCCCAAGUAGCUGGGACUACAGGCGCCUGCCACUGCGCCCAGCGAAUUUUUUUUAUUUUUAGUAGAGACGGGGUUUCACCGUGGUCUCGAUCUCCUGACCUCGUGAUCCGCCCGCCUUGGCCCCCCAAAGUGCUGGGAUUACAGGUGUGAGCCACCGCGCCCGGCCUCAGUGCAUAUAUUUUUAAUAUCUUGUAGUUACUCUGCUGUAUACUGUCAUCUUAGGGACCUUUUAAACAAUACCAGUAUGAGCAGGACCUACCCUGCUGCUCAGUGACCCCAGGCAGUGUGUCCUAAGGUGGUGUGUCCUGAGGCGUGCGACACUCCUCUGUCCUGUCCCAGGCACUGUGGUGGGGGCAUCCGGUGUCCAGGUGCAGAGGCAAAAGCUGCUCCUGGGUUUCCCAGAAAUGGUUCCGAGGCCUGGGUCCCAGAGAGCCAGUGCAGGUUGUGGGGUGGACCUCUGGCUCUGUGGGGGGGGUCUGUUCUGCUCCAGUGGGCCGUGUCUGCCUUGUCAUCAUCCAGACAGCCACAGCUGGCUCCUGGGUCCCCUCGUCAAGCAGCAUUUCCCAGUAACAGUGACUUCGUGGAACACUUAGGAAGCCCUUAAAAACCAUCCUCGGACCUCUUGAGGCAGGGACUCCAGGGGGCACAGCACCUGUGGUGGGGACAGGCAGGCAGGCUGGAUGCGGGGAGGGCCCAGGAGGAGGAGUGAGGAGCCACGCACGGAACUGCUCAGACUCUCCCAGCAAAGGUCCUGGCCCUUGUGCAUGCCUUUAGUUACGUGUCUGCCUUAGAGGCAAAGACGAGCCGUCAUGGGGGACCCACCAGGUCAGGAGUCUGCGGACACGCUUGCAGGAGGAACCCAAGGAAAGGGGGCGGGGGUGGAGCCCCACAGAUUGUGUCGUGGGUGGGCGUGGAGCUUGCACAACAGGCCUGCUGCUGCCUCCCAGGGCGCUGGUUCACAGCGCGGUCCCAGCAGGGAGAGGCUGAGCCGGCUGGACUAGACCCACCCAAGGUCUCAGGUUGCAGCUCCCUAGUGAGGAGAGGACAAGGUGAUUCUGGGUGGGGUGGGGCAUGAAGAUGGAAGUCUGACCUCGGGUUCCAACUUGACUCAAACGAGCUGAGCUCCUGGAGUUUACAAAAGCGACACCAGCUUCAGACAUCGUGGGGGCUGGCAUGGUUUGCUCUCGUGGGCUGGAUGGGAGCCUCCCCAGCCCCUCCUGAAUUCAGGCUGCAGCCUAUGGGUCACUCCAGGCACAGGUGGGGUGAGGCGGAACCAACCCUCCUGGCCAUGGGAGGGGCCGUGGUGGACGAGGGCCCCACAGGCGUCAAGGCCCCUGACGGCGGCUGGGGCUGGGCCGUGCUCUUUGGCUGUUUCGUCAUCACUGGCUUCUCCUACGCCUUCCCCAAGGCCGUCAGUGUCUUCUUCAAAGAGCUCAUACAGGAGUUUGGGAUCGGCUACAGCGACACAGCCUGGAUCUCCUCCAUCCUGCUGGCCAUGCUCUACGGGACAGGUCCGCUCUGCAGUGUGUGCGUGAACCGCUUUGGCUGCCGGCCCGUCAUGCUUGUGGGGGGCCUCUUUGCGUCGCUGGGCAUGGUGGCUGCGUCCUUUUGCCGGAGCAUCAUCCAGGUCUACCUCACCACUGGGGUCAUCACGGGGUUGGGUUUGGCACUCAACUUCCAGCCCUCCCUCAUCAUGCUGAACCGCUACUUCAGCAAGCGGCGCCCCAUGGCCAACGGGCUGGCGGCAGCAGGUAGCCCCGUCUUCCUGUGUGCCCUGAGCCCGCUGGGGCAGCUGCUGCAGGACCGCUAUGGCUGGCGGGGCGGCUUCCUCAUUCUGGGCGGCCUGCUGCUCAACUGCUGCGUGUGUGCUGCACUCAUGAGGCCCCUGGUGGCCAUGGCCCAGCCGGGAUCGGGGCCGCCGCGAUCCUCCCGGCGCCUGCUAGACCUGAGCGUCUUCCGGGACCGCGGCUUCGUGCUUUACACUGUGGCCGCCUCGGUCAUGGUGCUGGGGCUCUUCAUCCCGCCCGUGUUCGUGGUGAGCUACGCCAAGGACCUGGGCGUGCCUGACACCAAGGCCGCCUUCCUGCUCACCAUCCUGGGCUUCAUCGACAUCUUCGCGCGGCCGGCCGCGGGCUUCGUGGCGGGGCUUAGGAAGGUGCGGCCCUACUCCGUCUACCUCUUCAGCUUCUCCAUGUUCUUCAACGGCCUCGCGGACCUGGCGGGCUCUACGGCGGGCGACUACGGCGGCCUCGUGGUCUUCUGCAUCUUCUUCGGCAUCUCCUACGGCAUGGUGGGGGCCCUGCAGUUCGAGGUGCUCAUGGCCAUCGUGGGCACCCACAAGUUCUCCAGUGCCAUUGGCCUGGUGCUGCUGAUGGAGGCGGUGGCCGUGCUCAUCGGGCCCCCAUCAGGAGGCAAACUCCUGGAUGCGACCCAUGUCUACAUGUACGUGUUCAUCCUGGCGGGGGCCGAGGUGCUCACCUCCUCCCUGAUUUUGCUGCUGGGCAACUUCUUCUGCAUUAGGAAGAAGCCCAAAGAGCCACAGCCCGAGGUGGUGGCCGCGGAGGAGGAGAAGCUCCACAAGCCUCCUGCAGACUCAGGGGUGGACUUGCGGGAGGUGGAGCAUUUCCUGAAGGCUGAGCCUGAGAAAAACGGGGAGGUGGUUCACACCCCGGAAACAAGUGUCUGAGUGGCUGGGCGGGGCCGGCAGGCACAGGGAGGAGGUACAGAAGCCGGCAACGCUUGCUAUUUAUUUUACAAACUGGACUGGCUCAGGCAGGGCCACGGCUGGGCUCCAGCUGCCGGCCCAGCGGAUCGUCGCCCGAUCAGUGUUUUGAGGGGGAAGGUGGCGGGGUGGGAACCGUGUCAUUCCAGAGUGGAUCUGCGGUGAAGCCAAGCCGCAAGGUUACAAGGCAUCCUCACCAGGGGCCCCGCCUGCUGCUCCCAAGUGGCCUGCGGCCACUGCUAUGCUCAAGGACCUGGAAACCCAUGCCGCAAGACAACGUGACUUUAAUGGGAGGGUGGGUGGGCCGCAGACAGGCUGGAAGGGCAGGUGCUGCGUGGGGCCCUCUCCAGCCCGUCCUACCCUGGGCUCACAUGGGGCCUGUGCCCACCCCUCUUGAGUGUCUUGGGGACAGCUCUUUCCACCCCUGGAAAGUGGAAAUAAACCUACAUGUGGGUGGAGUGUCAGGA